GUUUUAAUUUCGAAAGGUAUGAGUUGAGUAAUAAAAAUUAUAUCAUAAUUAAAUAAAAAUAUCAUAUUAUAAAAUGAAUAAUAUAGCAACACUGUUUUGCAGUCAAAAUCAAUGACAAUUUUAGGUUAUGUUUAUGACAUUUGAGAAAGUAUCGCCCAUAUUUUUAAAUUUAAAACCAAAUAUUUACGCAAAAUGAUUUAAUUUUAUUUAUAAAUAUUAUGUUAGCCGUUCAUAGAGAUGUCGUCAAUAUUGUGCAGGCGAAGUUUCUGUCUGCAGAGGUAGUAAAAAGUAUACAUUUAAAUGUCUACACGCUCGACGAGAUUUGGUCAAACGAAAAUCGGAUAUUAGCUUUAGUGGAAUACAACAAAUCAUUCGCUUUAUUCGUUUUGAUUUCAUCAAAACUUAAACCGACAAGUAUAUCCGAUCUUUCUAUAGAAACAGUUACACCUAUAGAUGAAUUUUUCUCUUGUGAUACGGAACCGAUAGAAGACAGUCAAAAUCAUAUUAUAUUUAUUAUCACUUAUAAGAAAAUUAGGAGAGCUUUCAAAAUUGAAAUUGGCGUAGAAAGUUCUAAUUUUGCUUCAGAAGUAAUCCGAUCAAAAGAACUUUCUUUGUACAACAAACCGAUAUUUGUAUGGUUAGAUAAAUACUUAGGUACAAUGAGCCAGUCUAGCCGCCAUAUAGAUAUCGACCAGGACGAUAUUCCUGUUACGAGACAAAAAAUAGCUCAAGGACAAACGUCUAUUAACAGAGAAUCUAUGUUCAAAUAUCAGUUGAAGUUGAAGGAACCGGAAUUUACACAAAAACAAGAAUUUACAAUUUUCGUAGGUACUUGGAACGUGAACGGGCAACCGCCGAGUGUGUCUCUAAAAAAUUGGUUAAGUUGUGACGAAGAUCCCCCGGAUUUAUAUGCAAUCGGUUUUCAAGAAAUUGAUUUGAGUAAAGAGGCGUUUUUGUUCAACGAUACACCCAGGGAAGCCGAAUGGCAUAAAUUCGUCACCGAUGGCGUUCAUCCCAAAGCCAAAUACAAAUUGGUAGGCUUAACAAGACUAGUCGGUAUGCAAUUAAUAGUCAUGGUAAACAGUCAGCAUUACCAUUACGUAAGAAAUAUAUCAGUAGACACUGUCGGAACGGGUUUAUUAGGAAAAAUGGGUAACAAAGGAGGCGUCGGGGUACGUUUGGAACUACAUAAUACGUCGUUGUGCUUCGUGAAUUGUCAUUUGGCGGCUCACGUCGAGGAAUACGAACGAAGAAAUCAGGAUUACAAGGAUAUAAACGCCAGGAUGAAUUUCAAGAGGAGUCCGCAAGCCAUCAAAGAUCACGAACAAAUAUAUUGGUUGGGAGAUUUAAAUUACCGUAUAACGGAUCUAACGACUUCCCAAGUCAAAACUCUAUUGACGAGAAACGAAAUGCCCGACCUGUUGAAAGUAGACCAAUUGAAUCAACAAAAAGAAAAGGGAAAUGUACUUUUGGAUUAUCAAGAAGGUGAUAUCACGUUUCCACCUACUUACAAGUACGAUUUGAACACGGAUACGUUCGAUACUAGCGAAAAGGCGAGACCACCAGCAUGGACUGACCGAAUACUAUGGAGAGGAAGAGGUAUAUACCAAGUGAAGUAUCGGAGUCAUAUGGAUUUGCGUAUAAGCGACCAUAAACCCGUUAGUGCCCUUUUCAAAUCUGAAAUAAGCGUAGUGGAUCCUUUGAAAUACAGGAAAAUACACGAAGAAUUACUCAAGAAGAUGGAUAAAUAUGAAAACGAAUAUUUACCGCAAGUGACAGUCGAGCCAACGGAAAUUGUAUACGAUUUGAUUAAGUUCCGGGAAACACAAAGCAGGGAAACUACCAUAGCGAAUACCGGAAUGGUACCAGCCGAAUUCGAAUUUAUCAAAAAAUUGGAUGAGAAUAGUUAUUGUAAAAAUUGGUUGAGAAUAAUUCCUUAUUCCGGUAGCAUUAAUCCAGGUGAGAAAUGCGACGUGAAAUUGGAGGUCAGUUUAGAAACUGAUUUACCCAAAAUAUACGACAUACUAGUGUUGCAUUUGAAAGGCGGCAAAGAUAUAUUUAUAACCGUGAGCGGCGAUUGUCAAAAAUCCAGUUUUACGGCUUCCAUUUCGUCACUGUGCAGGAUCCCAAUACCGAUCAUGCAGGUACCUGCAGAUCAGUGGAUUUUAGCGGAAAAGGGCGAAUCGGCCGUUUUGUAUUCGGUUCCUCGGGAAUUGUGGUUCUUGAUCGACCAUAUAUACCGACACGGAAUGAAAACCAAAGAACUGUUCGAAUCUAGCGCCCUUCACGAGGAAAUAAUUAGAAUAAGAGAUUGGUUGGAUUUCGGUUCGUUAGAUCCUUUCCCCGGUAGUGUACAAGCGGCAGCGGAAACUUUGCUAUUAUUUCUGUCCUACACCAAGGACCCCGUGAUACCGCACGAAUUGCACGAUAACUGCAUCGCCGCCGCUAGUAAUUACCAAAAUUGCAAACAGAUUGUUCUACAAAAAGUGCCGGAUCUUCACCGGAACGUGUUCCUCUACGUGUGCAUGUUCCUGCAGGAUUUCCUCAAAUAUCACAACGACAACGGUUACGACGCCAAAACUCUUGCCUCGCUUUUCGGUGAUAUUUUGUUGCGCGAUCAAAUACGCAAUUCGAAACCGCAAGCUUCGAGAGGAAAAUCGAAUUUCGUUUAUAAUUUUUUAGUCAACGAUUUGAGUUCCUCGAUCGCUCCUCCCAAAUGAUCCAUUUCGCCGCUUUUAAUACAGAAAACAAUCGCGUAAUUGAGGUUACGAAAGUAAAUGGGGUCGGUUUUGAUAUAUUUUCGUAAAUUCGGUGGGUUUUUUUGCGAUUUUGCAAAUUUUGUUAAAAAAAGUAUUGAAAAUCUUUAGAAAAUAGGAUAUUUUGGAGAAUCCGGCAACGUCGCAACGGAGCUUUGUUAAAAAAUGGUCGAUGGGGGUUAUUUUUAAAAGUUUUUGUGGAUUUUUAAAUCGAAGUGAUGAUUGGAACUGUUGAAAUUGUCAAAAUUAUGAAGCAAUUGAGGUUAUGAAAUCGUUAUUUCACUUCUUUUUCUAAAAAAAAUCGUUUAGACCCAAAAUAUGGUGAAAAGUAUUUGAAAUCUUUAGAAACUAGGAUAUUUUGGAGAAUCCGGCAACGUCGCAACGGAGCUUUGUUGAAGAAUGGUCGAUGGGGGUUAUUUUUAAAAAUUUUUGUGGAUUUUUAAAUCGAAAUGAUGAUUGGAACUGUUGAAAUUGUCAAAAUUAUGAAGCAAUUGAGGUUACAAAAUCGUUAUUCCACUUCUUUUUCUAAAAAAAAUCGUUUAGACCCAAAAUAUGGUGAAAAGUAUUUGAAAUCUUUAGAAACUAGGAUAUUUUGGAGAAUCCGGCAACGUCGCAACGGAGCUUUGUUGAAGAAUGGUCGAUGGGGGUUAUUUUUAAAAAUUUUUGUGGGUUUUUAAAUCGAAAUGAUGAUUGGAACUGUUGAAAUUGUCAAAAUUAUGAAGCAAUUGAGGUUAUGAAAUCGUUAUUUCACUUCUUUUUCUAAAAAAAAUCGUUUAGUCCCAAAAUAUGGUGAAAAGUAUUUGAAAUCUUUAGAAACUAGGAUAUUUUGGAGAAUCCGGCAACGUCGCAACGGAGCUUUGUUGAAGAAUGGUCGAUGGGGGUUAUUUUUAAAAAUUUUUGUGGAUUUUUAAAUCGAAGUGAUGAUUGGAACUGUUGAAAUUGUCAAAAUUAUGAAGCAAUUGAGGUUAUGAAAUCGUUAUUUCACUUCUUUUUCUAAAAAAAAUCGUUUAGACCCAAAAUAUGGUGAAAAGUAUUUGAAAUCUUUAGAAACUAGGAUAUUUUGGAGAAUCCGGCAACGUCGCAACGGAGCUUUGUUGAAGAAUGGUCGAUGGGGGUUAUUUUUAAAAAUUUUUGUGGAUUUUUAAAUCGAAGUGAUGAUUGGAACUGUUGAAAUUGUCAAAAUUAUGAAGCAAUUGAGGUUACAAAAUCGUUAUUUCACUUCUUUUUCUGAAAAAAAUCGUUUAGACCCAAAAUAUGGUGAAAAGUAUUUGAAAUCUUUAGAAACUAGGAUAUUUUGGAGAAUCCGGCAACGUCGCAACGGAGCUUUGUUGAAGAAUGGUCGAUGGGGGUUAUUUUUAAAAAUUUUUGUGGAUUUUUAAAUCGAAAUGAUGAUUAGAACUGUUGAAAUUGUCAAAAUUAUGAAGCAAUUGAGGUUAUGAAAUCGUUAUUUCACUUCUUUUUCUAAAAAAAAUCGUUUAGACCCAAAAUAUGGUGAAAAGUAUUUGAAAUCUUUAGAAACCAUGAUAUUUUGGAGAAUCCGGCAACGUCGCAACGUAGCUUUGUUGAAGAAUGGCCGGUUUACUAUUUGAUUUUAAGUUUUUUUCUUGAUUUUUCGAAAUAAUUGUCGGUAUUUGAAUCGAAAUGAUAAUAAAAGCUUAAAAAAAUAAUCCAAUUUUCAAGUUUUUGAAGUAAUUAAUAGUUCAAAAUCAUUAUUUUUCUCAUUUGACAAAAAAAUCGCAUUUGGGAUGAGAUUUGUUUAAAAUUCCCUGAAACGAAAAAAUUUCGAAGAGUUUGGCAACACUGAAAUGAAGUUUUGUGAAAAAAUGGUCGAUUUACUAUUUUAUUUCGCGUUUUUUUUUUUUCAAAUUUGAACAUUUUUCAAAGUAUUUGUCCAUAAUUGAAUCAAAAUUUGAUCAAAUUUUGUUAAAUUGUUAUUCUUCUUUAUAAAAAAAGUUCACUUUGGUGUCAAGGAGUGUUUAAAAUCCUUAGAAACCAAGAAAUUUAAAAAAAAAUUGGCAACAUUGGAACAAAGUCUUGUGAACAAUCGAUGUACUGUUUUAUUUUAGGUUUUUUUCUUGAAUCUCCAUAUUUUUCGAAGUGUUUGUCCAUAUUUGAAUCAAAAUGAUAAUUAAGGUUUGAUAAAAUUUUCUUUUCUGAAGUAAUUAAAGGUUUAUAUCGUUAUUCUUCUUCUUUUUUCAAAAAAAAUCACCUUUAAUGGUAAAAAUCCAAGAAAUUUUGGAAAUUUUGUCAAAAAGUGGUCGAUUUGUCGAUAUUUGAAGUAAAAAUAAUAAUUAUAUAAUAGAAAUUGUCUAAUUCUCAAAAUAAUAAAGUCAUUGAACGUUCAAAAUCAUUAAAAUCACGAUUAUUUCAAAAACUUGGCAUCAUUGAAACCAUAUUUAGCCAAAAUUUAUCGACCUUUCAUUUUAUUUCAAUUUUUUUUUUUUCUUAAAAUUUGAACCUUUUUACAACGAUGUUAAUUAGCCUUAAAAAUCCGUAAAUAUCGGAAAAUUUGAACACUUGGCAACAUUGAAUUAUCGUCCAACUUAAACAUAAUUAUGAUCGGAUAAAUCGUAGACAAGGACGCGUUUACGUUAAAAAAUUUAGUAGAAAGAGAAAGGUGUUCGUAUUUUUUUGGUAGAUUUUUAUCGAUUUUUUAAUUAAUUUCACGAAAUGGGGGAGAUUAGGGGGUGAAAAUGUGGCUGUAGCUUAGAACAGGCAGCAUACCUGUAGAUUUCGCUUAAUGUUCAUUAGAUUUUUUUAAUGUACUUCAUUAGUAUUAUUAUUUAUAAAAAAAAAUACAUUAAUAGACAUAAAAAAUAGCAAACUUACAUAAUAAGUGGAAAUGAUAAAGCCUCUCUUUAGUUGACGUAAUAUCUUUAAUUGAAAAUGUAUUUUUUAAAUUAAUUUAAAUCAAUUCAAUAUUUGUAGAGAUAUUUUUAUAAUAAAAAUUUACAAUCUA